CCGCAGCCCGAUCGAGCGGACCGAGCCCAGCCGGCAGGUACACGACUGCCUGCCGGGGACAGCAGCGGCAUGACCGGCCACCACGGCUGGGGCUAUGGCCAGGACGACGGCCCCUCACAUUGGCACAAACUGUACCCCAUUGCCCAGGGAGACCGCCAAUCCCCCAUCAAUAUCAUAUCUAGCCAGGCUGUGUACUCGCCCAACCUGCAGCCACUGGAACUUUCCUACGAGGCCUGCACGUCCCUCAGCAUUUCCAACAAUGGCCAUUCUGUCCAGGUAGACUUCAAUGACUGUGACGACAGAACGGCAGUGUCUGGGGGCCCCCUGAAGGGGCCCUACCGGCUCAAGCAGUUUCAUUUCCACUGGGGCAAGAGACGCGAUGUGGGCUCGGAGCACACGGUGGAUGGCAAGUCAUUUCCAAGCGAGCUACAUCUGGUUCACUGGAAUGCCAAGAAAUACAGCACCUUUGGUGAGGCGGCCUCGGCCCCCGAUGGCCUGGCUGUGGUCGGGGUCUUCCUAGAGACAGGGGAUGAGCACCCCAGCAUGAACCGUCUAACAGAUGCACUCUACAUGGUUCGGUUUAAGGGCACCAAAGCGCAGUUCAGCUGCUUCAACCCCAAGAGUCUCCUGCCUGUCAGCCGGCAGUAUUGGACCUACCCAGGCUCCCUGACCACACCCCCUCUCAGUGAGAGUGUCACCUGGAUUGUGCUCCGAGAGCCCAUCAGCAUCUCUGAGAAGCAGAUGGAGAAGUUCCGGAGCUUGCUUUUUACCUCAGAGGAUGAUGAGAGGAUCCACAUGGUGAACAACUUCCGGCCACCACAGCCACUGAAGGGCCGGGUGGUCAAAGCCUCCUUCCGGGCCUGACCUGCUCACCUGCCCAGCUGGCCACACGGGCGCCAUCUUCCCAAGGGCUUCCAUGUCAGCAGAUACCAAACCAUCUGAGGCUCUCUGCCUGGGGGGGGGUCCUGUGCUCCCCCCCCCUCUUCAGCUGCCCACCCUCAAGGGUUCUUGUUGGGAUCCGCAGUGGGGAGGUACUGUUCAGCUGCCCUGGGUGGGGGGAAAGCAGAAGAAUAGGAGCCACACAGGGUCCAAGCUUGGGGCUGCUGCUGCUCUCCAAGACCCAAAGCCACCUGGGAACCAUUUCUUGUCUUCCCCCACUGGCAGUGGCAGCGGCCCCACCCUGAGCUCACACUGUGAUGGAUGAGACCGAGCUCCUGGGAUAGGCAGUUGGCACUGCCAGAGAGACUCAAGCAAUAAUCCAAGGCAGGCUGAGCUGCCUCUCAGCAUUACCUCCUCCUCAGGCCUCUGCCACUUCACUGCCAGGCCACUCAAAUAGCCCCUGGCUGCUGCAGGUGACAUGGCCUUCUCCCUCCAGCCACAUGCUGCCAGGGGCAGGUCCUGGCUGCAGCUUAUAUACUAUCU